GGAGAAGGAGCUCCUAGCAGCUUGUCUGCUGCUUCGAUUGCCGGCCAGGAGGACAAGCAGGAGAGAGGGCAAACAGGAUGUCUUAGGAUCAUGGCUUUCAGGAACAUGAACAAAAAGAGGCAUAUUGGACUGCAGCAGCUUUCGUCUUUGGCAUCCAUCGGAAGAAGCCUUUUAGGACCAGUGAAAUCAUCCAAAUUUAUUUUUGAUGAAAGUACUUGUGGUAGCAGAUUGAUUUGCUCUGCUGUGAAGCUCCUUGAAAACUUGGAUUUAAGUAGUGCAGUGGGACAGCUUCUUAAUGAAGCUGUCCAGGCUCAGUACAAUGAAUUUAAAAUGGGGACAACGACCCUGUUAUUUCUUGUUGGUGCGUGGAGCAAUGCUGCACUGGAAUGUCUUCAGCAGGAUGUUCCCAUUUCAGUCAUAGUAACUGUGAUGUCUGAAAGUCUGGAUUCUUGCAUUGAGCAUGUGCAGUGCCUUGCAAUAUCGAUAGAAAAGAUGCAGCAAAAGCUCGAUUGUGUUCCUGUAGAAGGUAAUGACAAAGCUCCUAUUGACACAAGUUCUGGGGCACGUGGAAGGCAGAUUUUUGAAAUUCCAACCCCAGAUAUAAAAUCAAACGAUGAUUUUUAAAAUUCGCUUGGACAUCUUUAUCUGCAAGCUUCAGAAGAAAAAUCAUCAGUUCCUCCAGUUAACCAAGUAAACACAUGUAAAUCUUGGGAAGAAUCUAUGUUUCCUUCAGUGUUACCUACAAGGAGCACAGCAUAUUCACUUGCUAAAUCAGGAAAUGCCAGUUAUGUUUACACAGUUUGCAAAAAUAAUUUGGGAAGGUCAAGCCAUAACAAAAGGUUAAAACUGACCCACAGUAGGUACUUUAGUAGUGCAAGAGAAAAUAAUUCACAACAGAAAACAGAACACUGGGAUGAAUCUGCAAAAUAUUCUGAUGGGCCCAGUGAUUUAAAGCAACUGGCAAUGUCUCUUAGCCAUGGAAACUGGCCUUGCAUGAAACUAGUACAGGAUAUUCUCAAAUUCCAGUUGCAAACUUCCAGCAAAAUGUCAGACACCCAUCUCUUCCAAUUUAAUAUUUCAGAAGUUGUGACGUGUUGUUUACCGGGAAUGUCUGAAAGUCAUUCUUGUGUUUAUCCUGGGUACAUCACUUUAGUAUGCCCAGAGAAAGCGGUUGUUGCUAAGCAACUUCAGGAUAGGCCUCUUCGUAUUAUUCUUGCAGAUGGUGACCUGACUGAAACAUAUCACCAUUUGGGGUUUAACAGGUCACCUAAUGUGAGAAUGGUCUUAGAAGGUGUGAAUAUUCAAGACAGCAACUCAAGCUUGUGGGUUGACUCUAUGUUGGAUAUUCUGCUUCAGUCCAGGAUAAAUUUAAUUUUGGUGCACGGCAACGCAUGUGAAAAUUUAGAGGGGAAAUGCUUGCUAAACAACAUAGUGAUAAUUAAUCGGGUACCCCACAGUGUGUUGAAGGCUUUUAGUGAUAUUACACAAGCUGAAAGAGUGACCUACCUCACUCAGGUGAAUGAGCAUUGUAUAGGUGAAGGUGUCUCUCUGAAACUCUGGGGAACUCUGGAAUUAAAUUGGGUGGAACUGGAUGACUGCAUGCCAGUUGUUAUAACAGUGAACGGAAUUCACCUGACAACAGCUGUGCUUAGUAACCCAGUUAUAUCCAAGAUGCUAGCCAUUGAAGAUCAGUUUUGGACUUGUGCUUAUCGUGUGCAUCAUGCCCUUCUCGAUCACGUAGUCUUUCCUGGAGGCGGUACUGUUGAGUUUCUGUGCCUCAGUUACCUUGAGAAUCUGGAGAAAGCCGUCACAAAUCCCACAGGAGAAUUAUGUGCUGGUCCCUCGUGGCUUGCAAAGUCUUUGGAGCAAUAUAAGACUCUGGUGCUUAAUGCUUUGGCAUGUGGUUGGCACCAGUACCUUUGUAAUGUCAUGUAUAAGGCUGCAAACUGUGCAACAGAGUUGGAAGCCAGCACACUUAUACAGCAACAUCUCACAAAAGCAGCACUGUGCUGGUCACCAUUGUCCUACGUAAUGGAUGAGUUUAGAAAGAAGAAGAUAGGAGUAGCCAGUUUUGAACAUAUAGGGAUUCACAAAAAAGCUCUAAGAGUGUAUGACAAUGUUACAGCUAAGGUAGAAGCAUGGCGUAGAGCUCUAGAUUUGGUGCUAUUAGUUCUUCAAACAGAUGCUGAAAUUAUUACAGGACCUAAGAGGGAUCAGUUACUUGAUUCACAGGCUUCAAAUGAGUUCAUAUUUUUAUAGGAAUUUGUAGGCCAACUUAUGGUUAUGAUUGCUGAAUAUGAGCACCAGUAUUUCGGUGCUAGCAUGAACGGAAUGCCUGUUAGGAAAAUAAAGUUCAAAAUUAUUCCUUUCCUGUUUUAAGACUAUGCUCAAGGAAAGAGUCCUUUAGUUGCAGGGAGCUGGGGUAGAGAGACUCCAGGCCACAUGGAAAGGUAGCAUGCCUGCUGAGGGCCAAGCUCUUGCUACUGAGUGGGGAAGCACUCCAAAGGAUCUCCCAGGGAAAGGGGGAGCAAAAAACCAAAACGCCCCGUUCAAGAGACUAUGUGCAUGGAUUAAGUGAGUUGGUUUUGAACAGGUAAAAUAACAAGCCUGUGAGUUGACAGGUACCACAUGUCGUCUUUUCCUUUCCCAGAGACAAAAGGGUGCAAGGAGAUUUUUAUAGCCAUAAAGUGACCUGGGGGCAUGAUCAGUCCAUCUAUUGUUCUGGACAAUUGUUCUGAACAAUGGUGUAUGCAUUGUUCUGAGGGCAGAUGAUAGUCUUAAACAAAAGGUGUGGCAGCAUAAUAAGACUGUUGAAUAGCAAGUUCCUUUAGGAGGCUCUCUAGGUACAGGUGAAACUCGGAAAAUUAGAAUAUCGUGCAAAAGUCCAUUAAUUUCAGUAAUGCAAAUUAAAAGGUGAA